AUGAACGUGCACAACGAACCGCCGCCGCUGGGCACGACCGACCUGGGCCGCUGGCGCCUGCGUGUCUCGGAUGGAGGCAGGCAUGUGUGGCACUACCUCGAGACGCAGGAGGAGGCGGAUCAGUGGCCGCAGACCAUCGAGGACAAGUACUGGCUCGGCCUCGACGUGAAUCUGCCGGACCUGCCGCACGCCAAGAGCGCGCAGGAGGCGGCCGAGAACGGUAUCGCUUUCUACAGGCACCUGCAGUCGAGCGACGGCCACUUUGCGGGCGAGUACGGCGGGCCAAUGUUCCUGCUGCCCGGCCUGAUCAUCGGCAUGUACGUGACCAAGACGCCGAUUCCUGCGCCGUGGCGCAUCGAGAUUGCGCGGUACUUGUGGAAUAGGCAGGACCCCGACGAUGGGGGCUGGGGCAUCCACAUUGAGGGACACUCGACUGUAUUCGGCACCGCGCUGAACUACACGGUGCUGCGCCUGGUCGGCGUCGACGCGGACCACCCCAUGAUGGUGCGCGCACGCAGCAAGCUGUACCAGCUCGGCGGUGCGACGGCCAUUCCCAGCUGGGGCAAGCUGUGGCUCGCGAUCCUCAACGUCUACGACUGGGACGGCCUGAACCCCAUCCCCCCGGAGCUCUGGCUCUUGCCCGACUUUGUGCCGAUCCACCCGUGGCGCUGGUGGAUCCACACGCGCAUGGUGUACCUGCCGAUGGGCUUCUUGUACGGCAAGCGCUUCAAGGCCGACAUGGAUCCACUGAUUGCGUCGCUGCGGGAGGAGCUCUACCCCCAGCCCUACGACGAGAUCUACUGGCCGGACCAGCGCAACAACGUCGCAGAGGCGGACCUGUACUCGCCGCACACGCGCGUCGUCGACGCACUCUUCCAGGUGCUCGGCGUGUACGAAAAGUACCACAUGCCGUGGGUCCGCAACAAGGGUAUCCAGCUCGCCUACCAGCUGAUCGUCAAGGAGGACGAGAACACGGGGCACCAGUGCCUCGGGCCGGUGAACAAGAUGCUCAACUAUAUCAGCCGCUGGGUCGUCGAGGGGAGCGACAGCGAGGCGAUGCGCCUGCACCGCGAAAAGCUCAAGGACUUUGCGUGGAUGAGCGGCGAGGGGCUCAUGAUGACCGGCACGAACGGCUCGCAGCUCUGGGACACGUCGUUCAUCGGGCAGGCGCUCGUUGACUCGGGCCUCGUGACGCGCCCAGAGAACAAGGCGCUUGCGUCGCACAUCCUCGCGUGGCUCGACGCGUGCCAGAUCCGCGAGAAUCCGCGCCACUACCGCAGCGCGUACCGCUUCGCGACCAAGGGGGCGUGGCCGUUCAGCACGCGCGAGCAGGGCUACACGGUGAGCGACUGCACCGCCGAGGGCCUCAAAGGUGUGCUGAUGCUCCAGGAAAGCAACGCUGGCCUCGGGCACCCCGUGAACAAGCAGCGCCUGCACGACACGGUCGACCUCUUGCUCACGAUGCAGAACCCGGGCGGAGGCUACGCGAGCUACGAGACGAUCAACGGGCCAAGCAUCACCGAGUGGCUCAAUCCGGCCGAGGUCUUUGGCCGCAUCAUGGUCGAGUACGCGUAUCCGGAGUGCACGACGUCGGUCGUGACGGGCCUGCGCCUCUUUCAGAAGUACGACUCGUACCGCAGCGCCGAUAUUGACGCAACGGUCAAGGCCGCCGUCGAGUACAUCCUGCACGCCCAGCGCAACGACGGGUCGUGGUACGGCUCGUGGGCGAUCUGCUUUACCUACGCGGCCAUGUUUGCUCUCGAGAGCCUGCGCCACGCGGGCAUGACGUGCGAAAACAGCGAGCCAGUGCGCCGCGCAUGCGCAUUCCUCAUCAGCAAGCAACAGGCGGACGGCGGCUGGGGCGAGAGCUACAAGGCACCCAAGUCCCAGGUCGUGCAGACGGCCUGGGCGAUCAUCGCCCUGCUCCACGCCAACUACCCCGACCAGGCCCCGAUCAAGCGCGCAGUGCAGCUGAUCAUCGACCGCCAGCAGCCCAACGGCUCGUGGAAGCAGGAGCAGAUCGAGGGCAUUUUCAACCACAACUGCGCCAUCUCUUACCCGAACUACAAGUUCAGCUUUACAAUCUGGGCCCUCGGCAAGGCCGCCCGCGAACUCGACUGGUAG